AGAAAGCGACGGAAGUGGAUGCCUGAAAAAAGAAGGUGGGAUCUCGGGCAUCCAAUGAUAAGAGGCUUUAUGAGGAGGAGGGCGGGACCGAGUGAAGAGAUUGUCCAAUGAGAGCCAUCAGCGCCAGAACCCGCGGCAGCACCGGGGCGGAGAGGACGAUGGAGGCCUUCGCGCUGUUUGGGGCGCCAUCCGAGCCCGCUGGCCAAGCCCCCCUGGGCUUCGUACCCGCAAAGCCGCCGCCGCCGCCCCCGCCUCCCCCGGGCGGAGGACCCGGCACAGCGCCGCCUGCCGCCGCGGCCGCGGCCCCUCCCGGCGCCGACAAGUCGGGUGCGGCAGGCGGCCCCUUCUAUCUCAUGCGGGAGCUGCCGGGUAGCACAGAGCUGACCGGCAGCACCAACCUCAUCACACACUACAACCUGGAGCAAGCCUACAAUAAGUUCUGCGGUAAGAAGGUGAAGGAGAAACUCAGCAACUUCCUGCCCGACUUGCCGGGCAUGAUCGAUCUGCCCGGCUCUCACGAUAACAGCAGUCUCCGCUCCCUCAUCGAGAAGCCCCCGAUCCUGAACAGCUCCUUCAACCCUAUCACAGGCACCAUGCUGGCUGGCUUCCGCCUGCACACCGGCCCGUUGCCAGAACAGUGUCGCCUGAUGCACAUUCAGCCUCCCAAGAAGAACAAGAAGCACAAACACAAACAGAGCCGGGCCCAGGACCCCGUGCCCCCAGAAACACCUUCUGAUUCGGAUCACAAGAAGAAGAAAAAGAAAAAAGAGGAGGAUCCUGACCGGAAAAGGAAGAAGAAAGAGAAGAAGAAAAAGAAGAGCCGACACAGUCCAGAUCACCCAGGUAUGGGCAGCUCGCAGGCCAGCAGCAGCAGCAGCCUCCGCUAACCCCCCUGGGCUGGACCUCACAAAGCUGCCCUCCGGCCUGCUGGGCCUGGGAACCUCCUGCAGCCAGGACAGGGCCAGCUCCUCCUCUGCGUCGUUGCAGCGCAUGCGUUCAGAGAGAGAAGGGGGCCAUGCGUUUGUAAGGCGCAGCCCAGCUGGCUUUCUCAUGGACAUUCUUCCUUUCCUGGGAAGCCAUUUCUUCUGUUUUGUGCAAUUUGUUUGAUGUUAAAACUUAACCUGUUGUUUUUUUUCUUCUUAAAAAAAAAGCAUUUAUCCAA